GUCACUCCAAACCAUAAUCACCCAGUAAUUUUAAACCACAAAUGCUGGUAAUUACCAUGGAAACCAAUGCUCAAGGUUGAUAAUUGGUACUAGACUAGAAAGUAAGAAACCUAUGCCAUAAACAUUAACCUAGCAGGCUGUCCAUUUUUAUACAUGAACAAAACUGAACCAUCCAGUAUUGAGUGUGACCACAGAUCAGUGAGUGUGACUAAUCACAAGUGGUUGUAGAAAGUGUCCACAGGGCUUUUUAUCAUAUUCACUGAAGUGGCACAUGCCCUUUCAGCAAUUGUAAAGCAAGCAAGCAUAUGGACUGAUGGGAAAUGAAAGGCUUAAUGUGCUAUGGAAUGUACAAUCUUGUAGCUCUGGGUAUGCGAUUGCGGAACUAGCAACUUUUAUUGCAAUCUUUAGUUAUAUACAUCUCUUUAAAUUUAACAUAAACAUUAGGUGCAGAUGAAAUAAUGAUUUUCAGGUGGAUCUCUGGAAUAAUUUAUGGUAUAUUAUCCAACUAUGAACAUUGGUGCAGCAUUGAAUUAGCAAUGAUCUGCACUGACAAAUAUUAUGUAUAUAUGGGGUCCCUGACAUGCAAUCCCAAGAGACUCAAGUGGUAAAUAUCGCCUGGCGUGGUGAGCUCUCAUUGGCCACCGAAUAUUGUCGUCAUUCAACGGAAAGUGUUCGGAUUGCGCGAAUUUUCAAACAUGGAGAAGGUUCCGUGUGGAUAUAUAUCAUAACGUGUAAAACCUGAAAGAAUGGGCAAGAGACAGGAUGUAAACAACCGAAUGUUUUUGAGACCAAGUCCAAAUGAAGAGGUGAAACUUCUCCAAGAUGAAAAGCAAAAAUUACGUAAAUUACGACUUCAACAGGUGAGACAACAGGAAAAACUCCUGGCAAGCAAAGCUCGCAAGAAAUUUAAAGAAAAAGAAAGGAAGGAAAUUGACAUCCUGGAAAAUGAGUUAAAGAAAAAGUGGCACGCAGACAUAACGGAGAAGCGAAAUUUACUGGAAAAUGAGUAUUAUGAAAAUGUAGCACAUGUUGGUGAAGGUCAUGAAGCAGCUCUAACGUGUGAAGAUGGAAUUCCAAAGGAGAGGUUGUUGGAAGAUGAGAUUAAAGCUUCUGAAAGAUACAAGAAUGCCCUUAAGAGGUUGAAAGAAGCUGACGCAGAAAAAGCGCAAAUGUUAAACGAGAAAACUGAGGCGAAAAAUAAAGCUAUGGAAAUAGAAAGAAUUCGUGCUGCCAGAGUGGCCGCAUUAGAACCUCCUGUUCCCGAUAUUGCUCAGAAUUUGGAAUCGAUUCAAAAGCAUAGAUAUAAGCAAAAGAAUGUGGAUCAAUAUAGUUCAACGUAUUACCACAUACCUCGGGAACGUGUCGAGAGAGCUGAUCCAAAUAUUCAUCAGGUUGAUGCAAGGCACGCGGCAAAAGAGGAAGAAGAACGAAUACAGAUGGCAAAAGAGGAGUCUAACAGAAAUUUUUCGGAACAAUUGGAGAAAGCACGAUUACGACACAAGCAUGCGAAGUCAAAGUUAAUGUUAGAGAAGGAUCAUAAUAGACUACUCGAGGAAUUGGAACACUUUGAGAGAGUGGAUAGACAAAGAAGACAAGAAAUUGUAUCCAAAAUUCCUAAACACGUGUUUGAACCACCUCAUAGAAGAAUUGAAGUGAGCGAAGAAAGACAACGCGAAAUAGAGCAUGCAUUUGAAGAUAUGUACAUGGCACAAACCAAUUACAUGGGAGAUGUAACCAUGGCACAGGAUGCAUUACCCGUUUCUCCUGCUGUCACUGAUGAAGAAAUUUCAGACGCGAAAGAAGAGCGAAUCACAGUCGAUAUGAAGCCGAGCGAUCUUGAAAAGGAUGUUCAAAUUGACCAACCGUCUGGGAGUUUGCCGGAAUUGCCUGCUGGUGAAGGAAGGAGGAAAUUUGUUGAAGAAGCAGAGAAAUCUCGUACUGAUCCCAGACCAUCCUCAAAAGAUCCUCUCAAGAGACUUUUGAAAAAAAUAGAUAUUCAGCGCGACCGAUGGAAAUCUAAAGAAAGGGAAACGGCCAAGGGCACUGCAGGAGUGGUCAUUAUACCAGACGACGAGUCAGAAUUCAGUGAAGGAACAUUGACGAUGACAACAGAGAAGACGCGGUCUGCGAGUGUUGAAUCUGAUGUUGUCAAUGAAUUGCAAAGAAAAACACUUUUACAUCCUCACGAAGAGGCGGAACUUACAAGAGCGAAAUCAAAACAUAUUCCUAUGCCUGGUGCUACGAGAAAAGUUGAAAUUGAGAAGCAAAGAGAAGAGUUACAACAACAGAAGCUGAAGCUACAACUUCAACAACAGCAAGUCAUGCAGGAACACCUACAGCUUCAAUUUGAUGCUUUGAACAAUGAUGUAAAUGAAAAAUCAGAUCAAGCAGAUGGCGAUGAUAAUGAUAUAAAAUUCACCGAUCUAAGUUCUGGCGUACUUUCUGAUGACGUAAGAACUAUCGAUGCCAGCGAAUCUGAUGAAGCUGGAAUUAACAAAGUUUCUGGAGACAUUCAGCCGGACCCAUUCCAUACUGAAGAAUCGGGAGACGAAACCAACUUGGGUUGCCCUGGCGGGUUAUACUCCGUUCAAAAAAGUUUAUCUGAAGAUGAGUUUGUUCCUGUACCUCGUGUAUCGUCUGCUGGCAUCUUCAGAGCUCCGCCUCAACCAUUACCCUUACAUUUUGCCAAGUCAACUGACACAACUACUGGUAUUGACAAGCUUGCCUCCGCUGAAAUACCAUUAAUUCGAAAGUCUUCAUCACGACCUUCUAGCCCAGAUCAAUAUGAAACAGGUCCGCGCAUCGAUCAACCGCGGCUAGGUGUUACCUUUAAGGAACCGUCACUGCAAAUAUCCCCACCUCAUGUUGCUAUACCUGCACCUAAUCUUCUUGAAGAGGCAAUAGCUUCUUCACCUGAGGCACUACCAAGAACUGUUGAUCCAAUGCAACAACCAGAGUCUCUUGUUUUUCAUGAUAAUCGUGGAACGUUUUCAUCCCCAAGUUACAAACCUCCCCAUGAUUCAAUCGCGGAAGAUAUCUCACCAGAGGGUAGCCAAGGACGAGCUGUAAUCUCUGAUAGCAAAAGUCCUUUCUUUCAUAUCCCUACAGCUAUUUCAAGUGCAUCUGGUGAGCCAUCAUUCCAGUUUCCUGGGAAUCGAGAAACAGAUACUGCUUCGUAUUUACAUUUUUAUCAACAACAAUUGUUAGAACAACAAAAUCGCAUACGAGAACAACAGAGAGCUAUUCAGGAAAGACAGCAAAAUCGUCUCGAACAGUUGAAACAUUUUCAAGAACGUCUUAGACGACAAAGGAAUAUUACAGGUUCAGGAAAUUUCGAAAACAUUCCUGCGGAAAGAUCUCGUCACGUCACCGGGCAGUGGCAAUCUCUUAAACCUAGCACUCGAUAUACAUCUGAAGACUCGUCAUCUAGCACAAGUCUUGCUAAAUCCGAUAAAGAAUCAUUUGAUGGUGAUGUGUCUCAUGAUGUACAAAAGACUGAUAAAGCUUCUCCUUCAGUGAACCAACCUAAAGUGGAUGCACCCGAGCUACCUGUAUCUGAGGAUCUUAUGAAUGACACAUCGUCCUCUCCAAGUCGCUAUUCUAGUGAAUUGAUAUCAGUUAAAAUUCAUGACGCUUCCAUACUUCCUAAACCAUCAGAUCUUGGGCUGUGGAGUGACAGUACACCACAUGUAUCAUCUGAUGCGACGAAGAGCUCAUCUACAACCCUGGAUGACAGUAAGAGUGGAAAGAGAGUCGAUGAACAAUCACGGCCUAACAUACAUCGUGAAUAUGGGAUUUCCAGUUCAACUUCAAACAACAAUAAUCAUGGAGAUGCAAGUGAAACGAAUAGUUUCAACCGCAGUUCUGAACGUUCUAGUUUGAAGUCGGGCAGUAGUAUUGAUUCUGGACCACUGACCUCGUCGUUACCGAGAUCUAUGGACAAGAACAUAUCUACAGACAGCAGUGCAUCUGACAGUAAUAACAACCUGCUACAACGCAUGGAGAGCUCCUUCCAAAAAUUUCAAGAAAUGAUUGAUGAAGCGAAAACUUUGAAUGAAAAGUAUCUUUAUGGAGCUACACAUCCUGUUAAUGUUGCAGUAGAAAAACGUGGUUCAUUGGAAGCCAUACUAACUACAGAUAAAAGUGAAUCUGAUACAAAACCAAAAUGGGAUGAGUACAGGUCAGACGAGAAAGAAACUGGUUAUUCUUUCCGAUCCGUUCACGCUGUUAAUGAUGCAUUUGAUGACGAAUUAGCGUCCGGUCACGGAAGGUACAAAGAAGAUGAUGGUCUUUUAAAAGAUAUCCAUGAAUCGCAAAAAGAAAAUUUAAAAUCAACCAAUAUAAACGAAUUAAACCGUACUGUUGAAUUCAGUUCUCCAUUAACUUCAAAUCAAGAAAACCUAACUGAUUUUGGAGUACAACUCUCCCCAAAUAUAAUGUUGGGUAAAGAGCAUGAACUGUUACAAAGUUCCCCUAGGGCCUUGUCUGUUAUUCCUGAAGAGACCCGUGUGAGUGAAGAUGACCUUUCAGAAGGGGUUCUGGAGGAAGACGAUAAGAACUCUGAAAGACCGUCAUCACCAUCGAUUCAUUUAUCAGACUUUUUUCGACGUGGUGACGAAGAGUUUGCGGGGAUAAGGAGUUUGAUGGAUUCUCCAGACAUGCAGUCAUUCCGUUCUCAAGAUAGAGGUGAUCACAGUGAGCCAUCAUACAGAUCACCUAACUAUGUUCCACGUCGUUCGUACAGUUUAACACCUGACGGUUCUGGUGAACGGCAACAGACUCCGAAACCAGAUCCCACCGACCUGGUUAAACACAAACCAGAUCUUUCUACUAAAAAUGUAUUUCCGGUUGGAGUAAUAACCAGUGCAGAAGCUUCAAACAAGUUUGGGUCUCAUGUUAAUUUACCCCUAACCAAAAGACGAUCUUCCGACGAGCCCUCCAAUACGUCUGUUCCCUCGGACGAUGUUAUCUUAUCAGGUCUUUCUAGUCUUUCGUUGUCUCAGACUGAUCAAUCAACUAGUGGAUUAAGUCUUCAAGACGCAUUCCGUAAAAGUCGGCCUGAGUUCUUCAGACAUUCAGAAGAAAGAGCACUACGGGUCAAGGAAGCAAGAUAUCGGCUCUCGCCUGUAAAAAACAAACAGGAGAUUGGUAACGAUACUCACGACAAAACUCCUGAAAUAACAAAACACGAAACUCUCGAGCCAUUUGCCUCGAAACUCGGCGCUGAGAAAAUCGGCGGGAAAAAAUCAGAUGGUGGUGGACGUAAGAUUGGAAAACAAGAGAUGAAAGAUCGCACCAAAAGGUUGUAUGAAAACUUACCUGACAUACGACAGAAGGCUGUUGAAAAACAACGAGAGCGAACCUACACAACCAAUCGAGCAAAAGCUCAAGAAUUUCAAAAGCAAACAAGAGAGCGAUUGCGAAAGCUGAAUGCUAAAAAAACAAGAAAAUAGAAAUAAUCGGUGUUCAUUAAUUAUAUAUUUUGCUGUACUUAAAU